AUGCGGGGUUUCUGUGAUGCAUUGGGAUAUGGUGAUCUUACUGAUCUAGGGUUUCAGGGUGCAAAGAUGAUCUUGAGCAGAUGUGUGCUAGAUUUUGGUGGGGGAGUACAGAUGAUAAGCGUAAAAUACAUUGGAAGAAAUGGGAUGAUUUGUGUCAUGCCAAGGAAGAGGGUGGCUUGGGUUUUCGGAGCUUAUCAGAAUUUAAUUCUUCGAUGUUGGCGAAGCAAGCUUGGCGGGUUGUCUCUAACCCGGAUACUCUUGUGGCACAAUUGUGCUCAUUGGCAAAUUGGGAAUGGAAAUAAUGUUCUCAUGUUGAGGGAUUCUUGGAUUCCUAAUACUAUUACUCAUAAACCACAGUUGUUGGGACCGGUGCAAGAUAAUUUGGCCAAGGAAACUAGGAAAAUUUUGAAGUGGCAGUGCCCUCCUGUGGGUUGGUUGAAGGUGAAUUUUGAUGGGGCUUUUAGUCCGAGCUCUGGCAAAGCAGUGAUUGGUUUCUUAGUCCGUGACUCUCAAGGGACUUUUUUGGGAGCAGUGGGGAGGGUAGUUACUCGAGUUCAGUCUGCUGAACAUGUCGAGCUCUUGGCUUGUAAGGAAGCAUUUGGUUAUGUGAUGGAACAUGGUCUAUGUCCAGUAAUUUUGGAGACUGAUUGUUUGGUUUUGAAGCAACAAGUGUGUCAGGAGGAGCUGCAAAAUUAUUCUAUUCUUGGAAGGUUAUAUGAGGACCUCAGUAAAGAUUUGAAAGAGGUGAACCAAGUCAGAAUCAUUCAUGCUAGAAGAGAGGCAAACAUGGCUGCGCACAAAUUGGCAGCUCAUGCUGCAGAUCUUGAUCAAGCUUUCUUUUGGUCUAAUAUUCCUUCCUUCAUUCAAGAUGUAAUAGAAUCUGAGAAAUGA